AUGGCGAUGCUUCCUCUCAACAAAACCAUUAUGUUCAGGGAUGUAUGGACAAGAUAUGUGAUGAAUAAUGCCUUUAGUAAAGAGAUAGUGCUUGAAGGAAUGAUUGAGAUAAUGCCAUGUUAUUUUAGGAAGAAAACGAAAUUCGAUGGACAAGUGAAGUCAUGCAAGAACAUGAUGCAAGCUGCUGCAGGGACCAGCUUGACUCCACAUUUUUCUGUCGAGGACCCCAGUACUUGGCAUCGCCAAGAUGUGCUAAAAGCCGUGGCAUGGGGACCUGUUGACCCUACAAAUGGUUUCAUUUCUCUCCCACUAAAUCUAUCAUACUACCAUAUUCAGAAGCCUUACGAUGUUCCUGAAGAUCAGCGUUAUAGCUUUGUCAACGGAGUUCAUAGAUGCUGGGUUUACUCCACGGACAAGCCUCAUACUCUUACUAGUCAAACAAAACCUCGUACUGAGAUAGCUAUACAGGGAUAUAACUAUUCAUCCGGGGUUUGGCAAUUUGAAGGAUACGGGUUCGUGCCCUAUGGAACAUCAGGCGUGUGCAUUAUGCAAGUUUUUGGAGCUAGUGCUCCUCAUGCUACAACCCUAAUGGUUAGGGUUUACAAUGGCUCGCUCAUGUACUAUAAAGGUCCAGUCUUGGUUCCAAACAUCUAUGACCAAUGGUUUCGUCUAAAUGUUAUUCAUGAUGUUGACUCGGCAAAGGUAAAGGUUUACAUCAAUGGCACCCUUAAAAUAGAGGCAGAUGGCCGUGGGGGCACAUCUCAUGCCUUCAAAUGUGGUGUUUAUGCCCAAAAUAAUGAUUCCUAUUACAUGGAGUCUCGUUGGAAGGGGAUCAAAGUAUUGAAAAUAUGUGAUUGA